ACAAGCAUAAAAAAAUCUUAGGGUUAGGUUUGAUUAGGAGCAUUGUGGCUCUCGCAUACAAUACAACAAGGUUUUUUUCUUUAUCAAUUAAUAGAAAAGGUUUACAAGAAUAUCUAUGAUGUAUACGGAUAAUUUUAUGUUUUUGGUGUAAAUGUAUACGGAUAAUUUCCAGAAUAUCUAGGAUUAUCUAAAUAUAUACUAAAUAAAUAUUUCUUCAGGGUUCCACCCUUAAAUUAUAAGGUCAAGUGCUGUGUCUCAGUUUUUCGGCUAUCCUUUCUCCUCUUCUGAGCAGCUAUCAUGGCGACGAUCACAAAUAUAUCAACCUCCUUCUACAAAUAUCAUCAUGAUCAUUCCUCCUCAAAAACUCUUUUACCAGUUUCGAAACUAGCUCUUCCUUUUGCCAUAAAUCCUCGAAAACCCUCCUACAUCCAUUGCCGUAGCAAACACGGUUCUCUCUCCUGCUCUGCAGUUCUCAACUCACUUCCUGAAGACCUCUCCCGCAGGGGCUCUGAUAUCCUCGUUGAGUCCCUUGAACGUCAAGGCGUUGAAACCGUCUUCGCAUACCGUGGAUCCGUAUCCACGCAAGGCGUUGAAGCAGCCUACGCAUACCAUGGAGACAUCUCCCGUGGAUCCACGGAGCUCUACCGCGCGCUCAAGCGCUCCUCCGUGAUCCGUCGCAUCCCUUCCCACAACGUUAAAAGUGCACUUUUUGCAGCUGAGGGCUACGCUCGGUCCUCUGGAAAACCUGGAAUCUGUAUUAUAGCCGCCUCUAACCGCGGAGGUGACUAUCUCGCUAGCUGUCUAUCUGACACUUGCGUCCCCCUUGUGGCCAUAACCAGCCAAUACCUUAAGGACGAGACGUCAAUGCGUUUGAUGACGAAACAUAUAUUUCAAGUGAUGAAUGUAGAGGAUAUCCCCAAGAUCAUCGAGGAAGCCUUCUUUCUAGCUACUUCCGGUCGUCCCGGUCUUGUUUUGAUUAAUCUUCCCGAGGAUAUUCAGAAAUAUUAUGCUGUUCCUAGUUGGGAAUCUUACUGGGAGCAGAUUUUUAGCUUAAUAAAAGAAGCUAAAAAACCUAUGUUGUAUGUUGGAGGUGGCUGUCUGAACUCCAUCGAUGAACUGAAUAGAUUUGUCCAACUUACAGGAAUCCCUGUCACUAGUGCAAUAAUGGGACUUGGAUCUUACCCUUCCAACGAUGUUUUUUCGUUACAAACAUUUGGAAUGCAAAGGACAGUGUAUGCAAAUCACGCUUUAAAAGAAUGCGAUCUUUUGCUAGCUUUUGGGGUUGGUUCCGACGAGCCUUUACCUAGCAAGGCUAAAACAGUUCAUGUCGACAUCGACGCAUCAGGAGAUUAUGAGAGACCUCUUGUACCAGUGCGCGUAGAUGUUAAGUUGGCUUUUCAAGAGAUGAAUAAGAUUCUUGAGGAACGAGACGAUGAGCUCAAGCUUGAUUUUAAACUCUGGAGGAUUGAGUUGAAAGAGUAUAAGCAAAACACACCGUUGAGUUUCAAGCCACCUAAAGAGGCCAUCCCUCCACAGUUUGUGAUUCAAGUCCUUAAUGAGCUAACCGAUGGUAACGCCUUUAUAACUACUGGUGCCGGGCAUCAUCAUAUGUGGGCGGCGCAGUUUUACAAGUGUAAGAAACCCAUGCACUGGCUAGCAUCAAGAGGCUUCGAAGCAAUGGGGUUCGGACUCUCCGCUGCCAUUGGAGCGUCUGUUGCAAACCCUGAUGUGGUUGUUGUGUACAUUGACGGAGACAGGAGCUUCCUAAAGAAUGCGCCGUACUUGCCUACUAUCGUGACAGAGAAUCUUCCAGUGAAGAUACUUAUACUAGACAACGAGUACAUUGGUGUCUCCCAGGCGGGAGAUAUGUGUUACAAGAAAUCUUUUCUCGGUGAUAAGGCGACAACAAUACUACCUGAUAUGCUCAAGGUUGCAGAAAUUUGUAAGAUUCCAGGGAGGAGAGUGUCGAGGAGAGAAGAAGUACGAGGGGCUAUACAGGCCAUGCUCGACACACCUGGUCCAUAUAUGUUGGAUGUGAUAGUUCCGGAUGAGAGGGAAAUAUUUUAGGAUGAAAUACUAAAGCGAUCGAUUAGGGUGGUGAUUAUCUAACUUUGUAUAUAUAUGCAAAUGUAAACUUUAGUGCUAUUUCUAGAUUUUUAGUAAAUUAAUAUUUAUGUGCUGAACUGCUACUUGAUUUACUAGCCACUGCCACUGGUUCAACCGCUAAUUAACUUGGCCUUAGAUGGUUUAUUAAAUUGGCACUUGUUCGGUUGCGUCUCUCAAUCUUCAUCCCGGCUUAUUUGUGAUAUAUAUGGUAGUAUAUAUUAGAGUGAUUCGAAAGAAUUGAUUUGAUUACCGAUAUUAUUAAAGUGCACUUAUCUUUUGGAACACACAUUAAAAAAAAAAUUAAAAUUAAAAAUGAUUGAGCUGAAGUAUUUAAAUGAUGGGAAAUCAUAUGGUUAGUAAAACUAAUUUUGAGCCUCCAAAAAUUAAUGGGGAGAUCCAGAGACUGAGUGAGUGGGCGAAAGACUCAUUGGCAGAGACGGUCAGACACAUGAGUUGGUUCACAAUCUGCGUACUCAGCCCUCAUUUCAUCAGCUACUCUCCCCUCAUUUCAUUGGUCAUUGGCUUAGUUGCGGAGGAAACUAACUACUUCAGUGAAACUGAAAAACACCCUAUGGUUAGCAUUGUUCUUGCUUCACUCAUUUACAUUCCCUUCAUUCAAACUUCUUCUAAUUCACCUUCAGUUACCAUUUAUAUAAACCCCUUUGUCAACAGUGUGAAAAUGAUCUAACUAAUUCAAUGUCGAAAUCCAUCUUUUAAUAGAAUGAUAAAGAAGCAUAAUCAAAUAGUUCUGAACUUGA